AUGGGCAAGCGCAAGAAGUCAAGCCGGACACCCCAAGGGCCUCGAAAGCGGGACCCUCUACCCACCGCCUUCUCCUGUCUUUUCUGCAACCAUGAGAAUUCAGUCGUGGUCAAACUAGACAAGAAAUUAGGCCUAGGUGAUCUUUCAUGUAAAGUUUGCGGCCAAAAGUUUCAAACGGGCAUCAAUUACCUAUCCGCUCCCGUCGACGUUUAUUCAGAUUGGGUGGAUGCAUGCGACGCAGUUGCCAAGGAUACUGCCAACCAGUACGAAGCAUCCAGCGCCACACUGGGGCAUCGCGGGACAAGCAAAGAGGAUAUCCCAGAAGAGACAGUACAUGGCGAUGCUUAUGCUGAUGAUGAUUACUGA